CCUAGUGAACUUCAAGGGUGUAUAGUCUUCGGCUUUCCUAAAACAACUCCAUUUCUCGUUAUUCUCAUUUCUGUUUGCUCUCUGCGCAUGCGCUGAAGAAGCGCUGACAGAUUGCGGCAAAUCAUUGUUGUGCAGUUGCAUUACAGCAUUCGGUGAAAGUGGAAGAAGAGCGCAUUCCAACAGAAAUAAUCAUAAUAACAAUAACAAUUAAUUUCCCUCCAUUUAUGCACACACACACACACAUACGCAUACCUCCAACUGAGAAGUAAACAAAUUGAUAUUGUACGGCUUUGUCUCGGUCUGUGUGUGGAACAAUAGUGCUCGUGGCCAAAAUCAAUGGGGCAGCUCUGAACGCCAGCAAUUAUCAGUACCAAGAAGUGACUGAGGAAAGAACACCAGCAACCGAUCCUGAGAUCGUACAUUUAUUGCUGAAAGAUUCCGAUAUGGUGAAGGUAUGGGGCACAAACCUGACCGCCAUCACCUGGGCCCAUGCGGUCAACAGUCAGCAGUUGCUGGGCGAUGUACUAACAGAAACUAGUAAUAUUGACUUCAUCGAGGCAGACAUUGUUCUGGGCAAACUGAAUGGCGAGGGCGAGGAUAUGCCUGUAAUGGCUCAUCCGCCAGCUAUCAUCUCCGAUCUCACGUUGGCGGAAUUUUUAAAACAGAUCAUGGACUUUAAUCGAGGUCACGAAGGUCAGGAAAAGGGCGUCAAGCUCGAUUUUAAGUCUAUCGAGGUCUUCGAAGGAUCCCUGGACAUCCUGGACGAGAAUAUUCCUAACAUGACUUACCCGGUUUGGAUAAAUGCCGACAUCCUGAGUGGUCCCGUGGAGCAGAAUAAGACCGUGCCAGUGGAUCCAGAUCGCUUCUUCGCCGGCUGUAUGCGUUACAAGCAGGCAGUUCUUUCGAUCGGCUGGACAACCAACUGGGGCUCCGACUUCCGAGAUGGCGAAUACACGCAAGAACAGUGUGAUGCCAUGGUGGAAUCGCUAGACUCCAAUAAUAUCCUUUCUACCGGUCAGGGCAUUACCUUUCCCGUGCGCGCUGGCAUCGCCGCCAAUAGCGCGGAGCAACUACAUCGACUGGUUGCCGCGGUUAACGAGACAAACGAGAGCACCCUUACCAUCUGGUCUUCUGACGGCGACUAUGUGGAUGUGGAAAAGCUACGCAAACUGAUCUUCAGCUUUGGCUUAGAACGAAUCUACUUGGACGUGCCAGAGGAACUGGCCUCGCAAUUGGAUUUGGGUACUCCUGGCAAUGCCGGCAGCACCUUUAAGUCCCUGUUCGGCUUCAGUUUCGUCAGCCUGUGCUUUUGGGCUCUGUCCAGCUGGCUGCAGAGGAUGUAAUAGUGUCCACCAAGUGAUUCAAAUAGGUACAAUUGUUAAAACGAGUUAACAACAAAAGAUUUUGAUACAAUUUCAAUAAUGUAAUAAAACGAUUUAAUUUUA